UUAUCUCUGUCAUGAUUUCACGUUUAUCAACAAGAGAUCCAAAUAAGGACUUAAACAAUUAGUAACACUAAAGAAAAUGCAUUGUUAAAUAUUAACAGAAAUAAUAUUUAAUUUCUAAUGACUUUAUCGCAAUAGAUAAUUACAUUCUAUUGAUAACAAUGCCUUCAGUCCAACAAAUUUUGGCCUGUAUGUUUAUGGGGAAACUUAAAAAAAUUUAUGGGGGCCCAGUAGAGAAGGUGUAUGAACCAAACUCUAUUGAACAUAUUAGUGACAAGUGCUUAAAUUCUCUAUAUGUAAUUUGGAAAUUAGGAAUCUACACAUCACCAAUUGUAGUGGGAUUCUUAUAUCAGAGGGGAUACUUUGAUCCUGAUGGUAUAUUAAUUCUUACAAAAUUAAUAACAACUGCAGGGGUCAUUGUUGUUAUGUCAUUUUGUUUAAGAGGGUAUGGUAGAGCCACCAAUCCAACAUAUGUAAAAUAUUUGAAUACUGUUAAGACUGCAGAAAGAGAUAUGACACCAAGUGCAAAACAGGAAUUAAUGAAAUAUGAUUUUGAUUUUAAAUCUUGGCCAGUUGAGUACAAAUGUACAAAUGAUGCAAGGGAAAUGGUACAACAAAUUCCCAAAAAACCUAGAUAUUCUGGAUUAAUUAAUUGGCUGUGGCAGUUACCUUUCAAAAUAAUAGCUUAUUUUGCUAUUCACACUUUUGGUAUUAGACUUAUUUAUCCAGGAACCAUUGGAUUCCUUCAAAUUAUAUUAGAUCAAAGUCUCAUGCAAGGUAGAUCUAAGCUAGUAGAACUGUACAGAGGGGAAAGAUUCAAACUUGAAACAGCUGACAGCAAUCAUAUUGAUACCAUGUUUGUUGAUAGAAGAAAAUCAACCUCAAUUGGUAACACACUGGUAGUAUGCUGCGAAGGAAAUGCCGGAUUCUAUGAAAUGGGCGUAAUGAGUACCCCCAUUGAAGCAGGAUAUUCUGUAUUGGGCUGGAAUCAUCCUGGCUUUGCCAAUAGUACGGGCAAGCCAUAUCCUUCCCAAGAACAAAACGCCAUUCAUGCCGUUAUGCAGUUUGCAGAACAGAAAUUAAAAUUCAAACGGGAAGAUAUUAUAUUGUUCGGUUGGAGCAUCGGUGGUUACGCAGCAUCGUGGGCAGGUGUAAAUUAUCCUGAAAUAAAAGGCAUGGUAUUAGAUGCUACUUUUGAUGACGUUCUACCUCUAGCUGUUAAUACUAUGCCCACUUGGAUAGAACCUAUAGUCAGAGUAGCUAUAAAAGAUCAUGUAGAUCUUAACAUAAUUCAGCAACUAGUCGAAUAUCCCGGGCCCAUUUUGUUAAUAAGGAGAACUGACGACGAAGUUAUAUGUUUAAGGCAGGGGGAUGUUUCGUCAAACAGAAUAAACAUUCUAUUAAAGAAAUUACUACGUUAUCGAUAUCCCUUCAUCUAUGACGAUGUACGAAUUCAGAUAGUGGACAGCUAUUUGUGCGUUUCACAGGACGAACAAGAUAACUUUUUACAUAAAUAUGCCAUAGAUGAUGGAUUUUGCUACUCAUCGUUGCAGUCCUACAUAUCUGAAUAUUCAAAGAGUUACCCUAUGAAAAUUGGAGAAGACUGGAACGAUCAAGAUAAAGCGCAAAUGGCUCUUUACUUGGCUAAAAACCACAUGAUGGACUUCAAGGCUACCCAUUGCGUAAACUUACCACCUGACAUGUUUCGGAAGCCAUGGGAUGUAAUCGUUGAAAGCGAUUUUGUAUUUAUGAAUAACUAGAUAAUCGACAAAUAUUUAUACUAUUAUUUAAAGAAUAAUAAACCUCUUUGAUUCUUGUUGAUUUAUGUGAACAUUAAAGCAGAAUUUAAUUAGUGAUAUAUUUUUCAUAUUUGCGGUACGUCAAGUAUGGCAACCUACAAAGUAUUUAUAUUUGUAAAUUUUAGGUUUGAAUGAGUUUCAAUAAAGGUGUUAGUCUAACU